AUGGACUACACAAACAAUGCAACCAACAAGGUCGACAAAACCGACACCACUCUGGACGAGGAUUUUGGAGACCACAGUGUCUCCCAAAUCAUCGGCAGUCGAGCCACCCAUAAGAAGACCAGGGUCCAACCCUGGAAGGAUUACUACUCGGUUGAUCCGGUAGAUAGCCCAGCUUCUGGCUCGCUGCAUGACAAGCCGUGGUUCCGCGUUGAGGACCUUUACGAGGACUACCGUGACCACUCUGGAUCCUAA